CAAAUCCUAAUGAAAAUUGCACACUAAGGUGCUCUUUCUUGGAAACUUCCUGCCGGCCCCCAUGAAUACCCUCUCUCUAUAUCUCCUUCAACUCUGGAAAUAAGGAAUAUGAGUAUCUCACAUAUCUGCCUAAUUUCCUACUGAAGAUUUUCAAAAUUGAUUGCUUUUGUCAUAUAUAUAUAAUUCAUGUGUAAGGCUGUAGAGCCCUUCUUUAAUUUUUAAAAAAAUUGGGCUUCAGUUGAGGCAGUUUCUGAGUUCAAAUCCACUUGCAUCAGUAGAAAAAGCAGAAAUCUACUUAGUAAUAAAGUUUCUGCAGCUGAGUGUUUUUGGAGAUGGGAUCAGUUGAAGAAAAGAUAGACCUUGAUUCGGAUGAAGAGAUCCCAUUUAGUGUGUCGGAGUCGACUAAUAAAAUGCAUUCGAUGAGUUUUGAACCUUCCCGUCAUAUAUUAGCACACCCGCAAUUCUCUGCUUCUUGGGUUAUACGAAAGGUGAAUCGAGUGAGCAUCCUCAGAAGUAUAUACAUUGUUUUGAUCAAGGCGAAGAUCAAUGUAUUGCUGCCAUUUGGGCCGUUAGCAAUACUUUUACACUAUUUUACAAAAAUGCACGGAUUGGUCUUCUUUUUCAGCUUAAUCGGCAUUGUUCCUUUGGCAGAGCGCCUUGGUUAUGUUACCGAACAACUUGCGUGUUAUACAGGUCCAACAGUCGGCGGCCUUCUAAAUGCUACAUUUGGCAAUGCUACUGAGAUGAUAAUUUCAAUUUACGCGUUGAAAAACGGGAUGAUAAGGGUUGUGCAGCAAUCUUUACUGGGUUCCAUCCUGUCUAAUAUGCUUCUGGUUCUUGGUUGUGCCUUCUUCUGUGGUGGGCUCGUUCAUCAUCAAAGAGUCCAAGUUUUCAAUAAGGCCACUGCACUUGUGAAUUCAGGGCUGCUGUUAAUGGCGGUUAUGUGCAUAUUGUUCCCGGCUGUUCUGCAAUUCACCCAUACAGAAGUGCACAAGGGCAAGUCCGAGAUGGCCCUUUCACGAGUCACGAGCAUUGUUAUGCUGAUUGCUUAUGCGAGCUAUCUUUUCUUUCAGCUCAAGAGUCAGCAUAAUCUGUAUAGUUCUAUUGAUGAGGUUAGGGAUAACGAAGAAGCUGAUGAAGAUGAAGUCCCUGAGAUCAACCCAUGGGAAGCAAUCGGGUGGCUUGCUAUGUUGACUCUGUGGAUAUCCCUUCUAUCUGGAUAUCUUGUCGACGAAAUACAGGGAGCAUCCGAUUCAAUGAACAUGCCCCUCUCAUUUAUUAGUGUUAUUCUGCUACCAAUCGUCGGAAAUGCUGCAGAACAUGCUAGUGCAAUCAUGUUUGCGAUGAAGGACAAGCUUGACAUAACUAUUGGAGUUGCGAUUGGAUCAUCUACUCAGAUAUCAAUGUUUGUAAUUCCGUUUUGUGUAAUUGUCGGUUGGAUUAUGGGAGCGCCUAUGGAUUUGAACUUUCAACUCUUUGAGACUGCUACACUAUUCAUCACGGUGUUAGUGGUGGCGUUUAUGCUUCAGGAAGGUCAAUCAAACUAUUUCAAAGGUUUGAUGCUUAUUUUGUGCUAUAUCAUCGUUGCCGCCAGUUUCUUUGUGCACAUCGAUCCAACAAAGGAGGAUAAUUGAGUUGGAGUGGGUGGUGAAGCUCGUGAUGAUUGAGAAGAUUCCGAGCCCAUUGUAAGAACACACGCAGCAGCAGCAGCUGAUCCUUGUGUAAUUUUUUGUUCGUUGGCGAGGGAUGGCGUCCGCACGUGAAGGAGUAAUCCUGCAGCAAGGUAGCCAGUUUUGCCCCUGCAGUCAUAUGUUGGUACUUUGAUAGUUUCAUCAUUUUGCUCGUGCGAAAAUCGAGCUCGUUCGACUAAUUUUUUGGCCCGUUGUAGCAAUACAGGUUGUAAUCUUAGUGAUUUAGAUUGAAUGCAAAGAAAUUGGAGCAUGUUCUUGAAUUGGAUCGUCUCAAAAAUGAAUCUUCAUUAUGGUUAAAUUGAAAA